AUGAAUCAUAACGGUUCACAGUGGACUUUUCCAACCGAAAACACGUACCUGCAAGUGCCAAAUGUAUUUGAGCAACUUCCCAUUCACGAUGGAAAUGGACAUGUCCUCCCCAACGCAGAUUUCGAGCUGCCGCAGCCCCCUUCAUCAAAUCAGUAUCACGGAAGGCACAUCCAGCAGGCUGACACUCACCCCAUGUCUUGUCCCAGCACCCCUGCACGUCAACCACAUUUCUACACCGAUCCAACAUCUGGGCUUCGUCGAUCACCUCGAAAAAUGUGUCCCGAGGGCCUCUCAUUCAUCCCAUCACAAAAUGGCACCUCACAAAACCACGACCAUCGAUGGAACAACCACAGCCACACGAUUUUCAGCCUACCAUCAAAUUUUUCAGAUCAGGGUCAUAUCCUCUCCUCCGGAGAUGGGGAGAAUGACAUACCUGAAGCUCCCACUAUGCCAAUGGUGACACCCGCAAAAACACCUGUGCGACGCAUUCGAGCACGAGCUGCUCCGAAGACUCUGGGUAGUGCUACUCCUGUUCCAAAGCCAAAGUCAAUGAGAGGGACAGGAAGUAAAUCCGGCGAAGGGAACAGACGGACCUCUGGUAACUCGGACGAUGAGAUCUCAAAGCUCGCCGAGAGCCAGCUCGGUCGGGCAGGUCUUAAGCUUGAGCCAGAGGGACUUGGAGCUGCACCUGUAGAGACACCCGCAGGCUAUACUGUCCUAUUUAUGCAUGAUAUAACUAGGAUUGUAGUACUGUAG